AGGGGGCUGCCUCCUUGGACCCCGGCAUAUCUGUUAACAGUUGCUUAUAAGUUUGCCGCUCUUGAAAAUUAUGGCUGGUUCCGCCCCUGCAUAUUUGGAAGGGUAAGCAAGCUUAGUCAAAGGUAUGUCGGACCUUUUGAAAUCCUCGAAAGGAUUGGAAAGUCUACUUAUAGGCUGUUAUUAUCUGAUCAAAUGUCUGAUGAGAAUCUGCAGUAUAAGGAAGAGCCUGAGCUGAUUUUGGCUUAUGAUGUGCGUAAGUUAAGAAAUAAACAGAUUCCGAUGGUUAAAAUUCAGUGGAAGCUUAGAACAGCACGAGAGGCGACUUGGGAGAAGGAGUCAGAUAUGAGACAGUUAUAUCCGCAUAUGUUCUAA